UCUCCUUUUCCUUUACGACGCCACGCCUCUACUUUAGCGUUUUUUUUCCUCCCCUCUCUCCCUCCGCGCGUUAAUUCCACGCCAAACUCAAACAUACCUAACAUUCCGCCUUUUUUCCCCUCUAACCCCCCCACUCUGUCAAACUCCCAUCAUUUCGUUUGUUUUUUAGUUGUUUUUUUAACUGAGGAACCGGGGGCCGGUUCUUCAGAGCGGGGCCAGCGUCGGGAUUGUGUCCGGCGGAGAGGAGCAGAGGAGCGGUUGUGAGGUGUGUUGUGGGCGGAGCCGUCAUCAUUGCGUCGGAGUGGAGUUGCCGUGGCAGCCCUGACGGGGCUCAGGAGGAGGAGGAGGAGGGCGCGGAUGGAGAGGGACUUGGUGACGGGGCAGACCGCGGGCUGGAUGGUGACCCCGAGGGCGUGUGGAGUCCAGACAUCGAGCAGAGCUUUCAGGAAGCUCUGGCCAUUUACCCGCCCUGCGGCAGGAGGAAGAUCAUACUGUCAGAUGAGGGCAAGAUGUACGGUCGGAAUGAGCUGAUCGCUCGCUACAUCAAGCUACGGACAGGGAAGACACGCACACGCAAACAGGUGUCGAGUCACAUUCAGGUUCUGGCGCGUAAGAGGGUACGAGAAUACCAGGCCAGCAUCAAGGUCUCUAGUCACCUGCAGGUCUUGGCCAAGAGAAAGUCUCGUGAGGUUCAGUCUAAGCUCCAGGCCAUGAACUUGGACCAGGUGUCUAAAGACAAGGCUCUGCAGACGGUGGCCAACCUGUCGUCCGCUCAGAUCGUGUCUGCGAGUGUCAUGAAACCACAGACUCCCUUCCCGCCACCAGUCAGAUUUUGGCCCGGCCCUAUGCCAGGACAGCCUGGACAUUCUCAGGACAUUAAGCCCUUUGCACAGCUGCCUUACACCACACUCCCGGCCCCAGUCCCUGCUUCUCUCAGUUACGAGCCUCUGCCGCCUCACCGCCCCGCCGCCAUCGCCGCCCCCGUGUGGCAGGACAGAACCAUCGCCUCGGCGAAACUCCGCCUCCUGGACUUCUCUGCCUUCAUGGAGACGCAGAGAGACAGAGAGACGCAGAAGCAUCUUUUUGUGCACAUCGGUCCGUCAAACCCGAGCUACAACGACCCCGUCCUGGAGUCGAUAGACGUGAGGCAGAUCUACGACAAGUUCUCCGAGAAGAAGGGAGGACUGAAGGAGCUGUUUGAAAAAGGGCCGCACAACGCGUUCUUCCUCGUCAAGUUCUGGGCUGACCUGAGCAGUGACGUAGAGGAAGGUUCCAGUGCUUUCUACGGUGUGAGCAGUCAGUACAGUGGGACUGAGGACAUCAGCAUCAGUGUCUCCACAAAGGUUUGCUCCUUUGGCAAACAGGUGGUGGAGAAGGUGGAGACAGAGUACGCUCACCUGGAAGGAGGGAAGUACGUGUUCCGCAUCCAUCGCUCGCCCAUGUGUGAAUACAUGAUCAACUUCAUCCACAAACUCAAACACCUGCCCGAGAAAUACAUGAUGAACAGUGUGUUAGAGAACUUCACCAUCCUGCAGGUGGUUUCCAACAGAGAAACUCAGGAGACUCUGCUCUGCAUCGCCUUCGUGUUCGAGGUGUCCACCAGUGAACACGGAGCGCAGUACCACGUGUAUCGACUCGUCAACGACUAGCGGCGAAGAUCGCAGAGACUUUCUUUUUCACGUUAAUGUCGUAAAAACACGCCCACUCCUCUGAAACACACACACUGACAGUCCUGCUGUCGUCACACCUCUGCUUUCACAUGUUGUUUUAUAGCUACAAACAAAUACGCUCAUCCCAUAAUUUAAAAGUCCCACAUGGUCGACAUUUACUGUACGUGUUAUUAUUUUUUAUUGUUAAAAAAAGCUGUUUUGUAUGAAAAACACUAGGAAAAUAUCGCAGAGCUCAAACCACGUAGAAAACCACAGAGCUUUUAUUCUGAAACUGUGCCUUUAAACUGAGCUGUCUGAACUUUUUUGUAACGUUGUGAGAGUGACAGACUCUGCCCUCAGCCACGCCCACCAGGACCUGGAUUCAGAGUAUUUUAGCCUGUUUUUGACGGUUUGUUAAAACCACUGCCCUUCAGUUUUUAUCAGAUUCACACUAAGAAGUUUUUGCUCUCUUAUAAUCACGAUUUUCGCAUUUAUCCACGACUGACUGCCAACACCGACUCAUACACUACAUAAUCUUCCACUUGUUGGAUUUUUUUGUUUUUUUAGAAACAAAAACACAAAAAUGUGACAGGAAACGACACACGUUUUUUUUUCUUGUUUUUCUUCUUCACCGCGUCCUGGUCUCUGAUUGGCUGAAGAUGUCGCAGUCUCCGAUCAGAUUUCCAGCAGGCUGGAAAUGUUAAUGAAUAAUUUCUCUCUGCGACCUGCGAAACAGGUCAGCAGCUAAAAAAAAAAUACCGAUAUGCAGCCGUUACCAUGGUUACUGAGUCUUUUUCCCUGGCUAAGUGACAACAAAUACAUUGUACUCCAGCUAACCAAGCUAGCAUGACCGGACCUGAAUAUGAUUUCCGAAAAGUUCUGUCCAUUUUCACACUUAUGUUAUUUUUAUUGAAAAGUUGACAAAACAAAAAAAAAUUGUGCUGUAUGAAUAACGACAAGAUUUAAGCUAGUCAGCACUUUUCAGUGCUUUCGCCUUCAACCCUCUGGAUUUUCUCCUCAUUAAUUAUCUGAACAGAUAAAUAUUUUCUUAGUCGCACCUUUGGCCAAAAAUUAGGGCCGAGGAAAUUAUCGGGUACAACUUUGACAGUAAACAAUUUGGUAGUUGAUGCAGUAAUAUGACAUAAUUAUAAUUAAUAUAACUAUAAUAAUUUAUAGUAAACAAAUAGUUUGGCAAUAUUUAAUCGGGGCCCAAAAAAGUUCACCCGCGACCCAUCUGUGGGACCCUUUGAGAAUCUAUAGGAAACAAUUAACCAUAUUUUUGCUGUUCCACAUGUUACCCACAAGGUGGCACACUACAAAGUCACGACUUAUCCUGUCAAGCUUAAAACAGCGUAAAAAAACAAUAUGUGUUAUUUUUCUUCCCCCUGAAGUUCGCAAACUCUACCAGAUUCACUUUCACUCGAGUGUCGGUUGAAGAAUUAGCGUUAAGGCUCAUUUAUGCUCAGAUACGUUAAAUACGUAAAUGGAAUUGAAUGGCGGCAGCUCCACGAACUCUGCAUUCUCUAUGUCCUUAUUUGGUCGCGUCCUUUGAAAGUUCACAGAUACAAAUGCAAUGGACGUAAGUGGGGGGCAGUACCACUGGUGGCCAUGUGGAGGGAGGCAGUGUAGCUAAUGGUGUAAGGGAAAUGACGUUAGGAAGACCUUGAAAUAUGGCAGAAAGUUACGGAAUUAUGUGAAAACUACGCAAGAAAUUAUAAAAAAAAAUGUGAUUUAAUCUAAAAAUAAACAGUUAAGAAACAAAGGUUUUUGUUUGAUCUUGAACAAUGUCGGCAAAAAACCCACAAACUGAGAUUAGAUAGUUUAAGGCAAAGAAAUUUAAAUGUGUCGGAAACUCAAAUAACAGCUAUUUUUCCAUCACGUUGCCAAAAAUGUGCGCCAAAAAUUUGGAAAUGAUGGAAAAUAUUUGUGAAACUUUAAUACUUUUGGUCGGUGGUGCGGAAAUACGACAAAAUAAUAUUCAAUAUAGUAAUGAUUUAGUGCACAUAAUUUUAUAACGUAUACACAAAUCUUGACUAAAAGAUUAUCGUAAAUUUUGUUUUGGGGGGGGGGGGGGUUCCGAGUCACAGGUGAAAUAUGACGAAAAAAAACACAAAUAACAGCGAGUUAUGGAAUUAUAUGCAAGGAUUAUCCUGAACAAAAUGAUUGCGAAUCACGCAGUUAUUGCGAUUGUUGUAAAAAAAAAAAUUUCCAUUAACACUUUUUGUUUUUUCUUUUCGGCAAAAAACCAAACUGUAAAUAAAAUCGUUAUAAAGGAAAAAUAUCGCGAUGUGGCUGUAAAGAGUCAGGCUCCCCCUUGUGGCAAAUGAAAAUAAAUCAUCGCCGCUCCAAACAACAACUUUUUGACUCUUCUACCGUCUGUUGUGGUCUUGACUCUGUGCUGCCCUCUAGUGGAUGUAGUUCUUUACCACCACGCAUGGUGAUGGAGAAAAACCUUGCAUAAAUGAGCCUUAACUGUUCAAAAAAUCGACUGCAGUAUUUUUCUACCUCCGCGUGAGUCGGGACGAGGACGUGCGAUAGUUUGGAAAUGCGUAAAAAUCGGAGGAGCACUGAUGUAAAUGUCGUGUUGUACACUACACUUGGAAAUGGUACUGUUUUAAAAACCAAACAUCGUAAAUACACUUGUUUUUGUUUACUUUUUUUCCUUCUUUUUUUGUUUUUUACCGGCGUAGAGUGUUUAACGAUAAAUCAUUUUUUCGUGUUUUUUGUUUUUGGUACCGAGUUGAUGACGUGCACUGUGGUAGCUUUAAACCUAAUAACACUAACAAACUAUCCAGCUGACACUUUUUUGUUUUCCUUUUUGUUUAAAAGAACAAACAUUUUUGUUUGCGUAAUAUCUGUAAAAUUUUUGGUACACUGUCGUAUAUUUGACGCCCUCUCCUGGCAGGUUCUUGUAUAACCACGUUGGAAGAUAACAGUGAUCUGUUUUGACUUAAGAUUCUUCUUCACUGUGCGGCCGUUUGAUGAUGUUUUUACGUCGUUUUUUUGUUUUCUUUGUUUGUUGUUGUCGUGUUGGCUGUGCCUCACCACUCCUUCGGUCCACUCUGCUCAGUGAAUGAAAUCUGUGCCUUUUUAUGCUGUACCAAUAAACUCACGGUGUAAAGAAAA